GAAACAUCAAGAACUCAAGCUCCAUGAUCUCCCAAGGAGCCUUGCGCCUUAAGCUUGGAGAGUGGAUCCAUUUCAUCAACGCGCGAUAUCCCACCUGGAUCUUGGUGAAGAUAGAGAGGCUCGUCCUCGAUGAGAACGAGGUCGCUGGGAUACGUAUCUACGCCUGGGCCAAGCUAUUCAAAUCAUGGGCAUCUUUGAGAUGGUCCGAUAUCCAGGCGAUCAAACCUAUCGAGCUUCGGCUCGAGGAGGGUCGGCUAUUCACGAUACUCCGACGGACCAAGACAUCGGGUCCGAACCGAAGGAUAAAGGAGCUGCCAGUUUGUGUUAGCGAAGUGGCAUUCUAUGAGGAUGCCCGCUGGAUAUCAGUAGGAUUCAACCUGCUAAAGGAGAAUGCCAGCUACAAGAGGGAUUACCUCUUGCCAAGGUUGAGAUCCGAUAUGACAUCAAUGGAUCGCAAGAUGGCAAGCUAUGCUGACGCUGUUGUGGCCACCGCGGCGGUCCUCGCUAGGAUAGGCAUCCCCACGGCGGUCCAAGGAUAUUGGACAGAGCAUUCGGAGAGGUCGAUAUUGCCGACUGCCUUGGCAAUAUUGGGUGUCACGGACUCCGAGAAAGAUAUCCUGAGGAGAUGGAAGCCCAAAGGUUCGGAUACCUAUGUCCGAUCCUACGGUGGGAGGGUGGCUAGACUGCAGUCCAGAUAUGCGGCCGCUGCCCGAGAGGAUAGCCACUACUCUAUGCUGGAUGAGAGAGAAAUAGCGGCCAACCUCCUGGAUUGGCUGCAAGAGGCUAGGAUGGACCCUCCCCCAAUCUCCGAAGCUGAAGCCAGCAAGAUUCCCUCACGCAGCAACACAGUAGAGCCUUGCGUUGAGCUUUCGGACACAGAAGAUGCUGGGCAAGCUCGAUCGAAGUCCUUUGAGCGCUCGAAGACGGCACGUGGCACCGCCUGGGAAUCAGCUGUUGAUCCAAGCAACACUGACACCUGCCCAUAUGACGCUGAUGCUCUAUUUGGAUCCAUCGCAUCGAAGCUGGAAGCCCUGAAGAUGCUUUGGAGAAUAAUAGGCCAAUCCAAGCCAAAACUGGGCGAGGAGGCCUCCAAAGCUAUCGUAGACCCCCUGGUCCACAUGUGGAAGACGGGGCGGAUAUUUGCUGAUCUGGUUCCGAUGAUUCUGGAAGUGGAGGAUAACCCUCCAGAAGAGAGGGGCGAGGACAGCGAAGAUAGCCAGGGGCCCGAGCCAGCUAGCUCCUCUAAGGUUGCAAAGAUUGGACCGAUCGGCUAG